CCUUUAAUAAUGAAAGGCCACUGGGUCAAAGGAGGAGAAGCCAUGAUAGCAAACAAUGGGGAAACAGCUAUUAUUCACCUAAUGGGAAAUCGACCAGACUCGACUAUAACCGGUGGGCCUUUGACUGAUGAAUUUAAAUUUGUCAAUGUACAUUUCCACUGGGGAGAAUGCGAUUGCGAUGGUUCUGAACACGAAAUCAAUGGAGCUUCGUAUUCCAUGGAAGCUCACGUAGUUCAUCGCAACAGUAAAUAUAAUAAAUUUAAUGAUUGUUUGAGGUACAAGGACGGGCUUUGUGUACUUGUUUACUUUUUUUUGGUUACCAAGGACGCUUAUUUGAAAAGUAAUCCGUAUGUAGAAGAAAUAAUUGAACAUUUAAAGUUCAUACGGAAUCCUCAUACGAGUAUAAAUCUUCCAACGAAUAUUUUGUACUGGAUGCGAAAAGCAAUUUAUUGCUCAAAAUACUACACUUAUUCUGGUUCUUAUCACGUUAAAACCGACCCUGAGUGUGUUAUAUGGAUAGUGUUUCCGUUAUUUAUUCCCGUGACUUCGUACCAGGUGAACGAAUUUCGAAAACUUAAAAAUGAAAGCCAAGAAGAAAUAAUUGAUAAUUGUCAUAAAAUAAACACUCUAAAUACCAGCCAAGUAUUUACUGUCCUCAAUGAUUAA